UGGGCUGGCUCACAAACCGCUUUCAAAUGGCUGUAUCUGCCAAGAUAAACAACUGGUCAUGUUAGGUACUGAACAUGCCCCACCUACUGCUUCAUAUUUGGAGAGAGACAGACUUCAGAACAGAAAGAGAGUUUGCUCUCCAAAAGAAGAGAGCCUUAGAGAAACCGAGCAGAAAAUCGCCUAAAUAAGGAAUAAUCAUCAUGGGGAAGUACCUGGUGACCUGCUCAAUAGUGAUUCUCAUUAUUCUGUUUCACAUUGACAUCGUGUCCCUUUCCAGGUCAGGAAGCAGCAGAUCCAGUGGCGGUAAUAAAAGAGGGAGUCAUCAUAAGCCUAGUAGGCCAGUACAUCAACCUAGCAAACCUAGCAGGCCUGUACAUCAGCCUAGUAAACCUAGUAGGCCUGUACAUCAACCUAGUAAACCUAGUAGGCCUGUGCAUCAACCUAUCAAGCCUGUACAUCAGCCUAGCAGGCCUGUACAUAAACCUGUCAAGCCUGCAGAAAACCCCGUCAAACCUGUACAAGAAGUACCUGUCCAGUCUGCACGCCAACCUGCACAAAAUCCUUCCUGGCCACAAAAUAACCCUGUCAAACCCCCACAAAACCCUGCCUACCCACCACACAAUCCUGCCAACCCUGCGCAAAACCCUGCUUACCCGCCACACAAUCCUGCCAACCCCGCACAAAAUCCCAUUUACCCACCACACAACCCCGCACAAAACCCUGCUUACCCUCCACAUAAUCCUGCCAACCCUGCUUAUCCUCCACAAAAUCCUGCCAACCCUGCACGAAAUCCCGCUUACCCACCACACAAUCCUGCCAACCCUGCACAAAACCCUGUUUAUCCUCCACACAAUCCUGCCAACCCAGUUUACCCUCCACACAAUCCUGCUAACCCUGCACAAAACCCCGCGUAUCCUCCACACAAUCCUGCCAACCCAGUUUAUCCUCCACAUAAUCCUGCCAACCCUGCUUACCCGCCACAUAAUCCUGCCAACCCUGCUUAUCCUCCACAUAAUCCUGCCAAUCCUGCACAAAACCCUGCUUACCCUCCACAGAAUCCUGGCUACCCUCAACACAACCCAGCCUAUCCACCCCAAAAUCCUGGUUACCCCCAGCACAAUCCUGCCUAUCCACCACAGAAUCCUGGCUAUCCUCAACACAAUCCUGGCUACCCUCACAAUCCUAAUUACCCACAAAAUCCUGGCUAUCCCCAGCAUAACCCUGGCUAUCCCCAUAACCCUAAUUACCCCCACAAACCAAGCUGGGGCCAAAAUGAUGUGAAGCCAUGGAAGCCGAAGCCACCCAAGACCAACCUGAAGUAUAUGGCAGGAGCUGCGGUUGCAGGAGCUUUUGGUGGCUUCCUCUUAGGUCAUGCCAUGUCCCAAAUGCAUUUUCGUUUUCCAAACCCCGAGGAGGAACGGUGGUGGUAUGCAAAUCGUGAUCGUUAUCCUGCUCAGGUCUACUAUCCAAAGUAUGAGCAGCCUGUUCCAGAGGAUAUCUUUGUGAGAGACUGUUGGAAUAUGACGGUGAGAGAGUUCGUUGAGCCCAGUGGGAAUGAAACGGCAGAUGAAAUGGAAGCCAGAGUUGUGACACGAGUGGUACAUGAAAUGUGCAUUGAGCAGUAUCGUACCUUUUCUGGGCAUGCAGGAGGAGGCAGUGUCACCCAUUCUCAAAGUGAUCCUCAGAAGCCUAAUCCAGCUCAACCUGUGAUGAAUCACGUUCAAGGAGAAGCUGUGGCUGGCACUGUAGUGGAAAGCAGUGGUGUCAUCUUAGGCACCCCAAUGGCAAAUAUGAGUUUUCAGUUUAACGAGAGUGAGGAGGAACGGUGGUGGAAUGAAAACCGCCAUCGUUUUAUGGACCAUGUUUUCCGCCCCAACUACAACCAUCCUGUUCCACUGGACGUUUUUGUGAGUGACUGUGUGAAUGUCACAAUGGGAGAGUACCUUAAGCCGAGUGGAAAUGAAACAGCCAAUGAGACAGAAACCAGGGUUCUGAGAAGACUAGUACCUGAGAUGUGCACAGAGCUGUACCACAACUACUCUAGACAGAUAGAAAGAGACGGAUUUGGCAAGAGCGACAAUAAGCCAGAAGAGUCUAUCAUGCCAGUUAAACUUGCGAUAAAGGAUAUGGCAGUAGCACCUCCCAGAAACACUGCAGCAAAAGGCAGUGGAAGCUACACUACAGGCGGUGCUGUGUCUAAUAUGAUUUUUCAUUUUAAGGAUGGUCUUCUUCUCACCAGCCCUUCUAUCCUUUGGGUCAUUAUGUUGACCACAUGUUUCCUGAUACCCUGAAGUGAACCUUUUCCAUAAGUCUAUACUUUGUUGUUGAUGUAGCAAAUGUCCCGAAGAAAAAAAAGAUCUAUAUAAAGCAGCGAAUUUUGCAGCAAAUACAUUCUUGCAUCUUCUAUAGUGGAGUGUCUUAAAGAGCCUGUUACAUAUGCUAAGCAGAAAUGGCUUCAAGCUGCUGUUGCACUUACACCGUUACAACAAUCUUUGGCAUUGUCUGCCAUUUCAAAACAGUUUGUAAAGAAAGAAGUCAGCAGAUUCGUUUGUAGUGAGCGGUUCCACUCCCCAUCAAUAACAAUCUUCUUUCAUAGCUAGCCAAGCCUAAAGUGACUGAAUGUGAAUGCAAAACAUACCAGAAAUACUACAAAACAUCUCAUUUGCCAGUGUAUUCCUGUUGCAAUGGGGACUUCAGAUAACUGGAUUUUAAGAACACAUUUUAUUAUGUAAUACAUCAUUUCACAUCAAAUAAAAAGCUGCUUUGGAAAGAAAAGAGAAAUUCCCAGUCUUACCCAGAUUUGCUGAGACCAUACUCUCCAACUGUCCAAAUUUGGCAGGGGCACUUCUAAUUGUUCCUCUGUUAUCCUACUUUUUUGGUUGCUUUUAAAAUGUCCUCAUUUCUGUCUCUUCCCACUUUCCCUUUUUGUCCUUCUCUGUUUCAGUUGCUACAAACUGAGUUCAAAGUAAAAAAGUGAAAUGGCAUCAGCAGGGGAAAAUGAGAGGAAGGGCAGAAUCUUGCCUUUCCCAGUAGGAUCAGUCAAAUGCAAACUGCUGCAGCCUCUUCUGGCUUGUGUGUUCUUCCCCAUUAGUAACUUUUGCUAUCUUGACCUCACUUUGAUGUUGCUUGGCCACAUGUAUCUCAGUUUCUAUUUGUAAAAUGUUGGCAAGUAUAUGAGAUUGACUUCUGUUGUUACAUAAUGUAAGUGGAAGCAGGAAGCACAGGUGUCUCACGCUUCCUCAUGUCUAAAAUGCAACUCAGUGUGACAUUUCCAUAUCCAUCUCUUCAGUGAGUCAUAUGAGUUUCAACACAAUGGGAGAAAAAAGGGUGCAAGUGCUCCACUUUAGGUGUUACUGAAAGAUGCCAAGAACAUGUUUUGUGUGCUAAACUGCUUUGAGAGUCUGAUUCAUUCAUGAAGGGAACAAGAAUGAGAGCAGGACAUUAAAUGAACCAAGAGGAGGAAAUGAAAGUUCCCUCUUAACAAUAACGCGUGACAUCUCUCAGAUGUUCUUUGUUUGUAGAAAAGUUCAGGCAGAGAGCCAUGUUAGCCUAGUCUGGAACAAGGCAAAAUGUUGUUCGAAUUUUGGGAUGGUGGGGAAGCAGGAGAUAUCUGUGCAGAAAAGAUAGUGGUGCCUUUGCACAUGUUGCUGCUGUUUGGAGAAAUGAAAUAUUUUCUGUGUUUUGUGUACUUGCCUCAGGGCUUAUGAUAAUGUGGUACCCUAAAAUAGUCCACUAAAAGCCCUAAGAAUAUUUAUGUCAAUGUGCCUCUUGAGUGAUACAAUUCAUUGUCACCUACACUUUUGCUUAUGUAUUAUAAACCAGUUGCCUGUGAAAAACUGUAUUGCUUGUGCAAGCUGAUGUUUGUUCUAUAAGAUCACACAGCACUUUCUAGCUUGUUGAGUCAGCCCGUUUUGUGCUGAGCAAGUGGAUUGGGAUGGAAAUUCUCCUUACUUAAUUAACUUAGUGGCGUCACUCCCUGAUCUCAGAUAGGCCAUCAAAAUCUAAGUUCCUGUGCUCUUGGUGCCAGUGUUUUGUAAAAAGAACUGGAUUUGGUUAGCCUCACGAAAGACAGAAAAGCGUAAGGAGAGCCAGUUUCAGCUCACAGGCUUAUCUUGUCUAGUAUUCUGAACCACCAUCAUUAACCACCACUUGCCUGCAGAAAUUGCACCAGCACAAUGUGAGAGUAACAAUACCUUCCCAUGUAUGCUGCUCAGUAAAUAAUUUCUUCCAGCGUCAAAAGUCUGGUGCUUCUGAUACUGGAUGGCAUGUACACUUGACCCUCCACAUCUGCAGCUUUGACUUUUGCGGAUUUGAUUAAUAUGUUCUCUCUAGGGAUCUCUAGGCCCUUCAGCAUGAUUCUAUGGCCGAUGUUGACCAGAUGUUGCACUGGAGGACAUAGAGAUCCCUAGAGCAUUUCUCUAGGCAUUUGGAAGCCCUCCAGCACAAUUCUAUGGUCAGCUUCUAAUGGACCAUAUGGUCAGCUUCUGAUGCGCUGGAAGACCUAAGUAUUCCUAGAGAGGUGUUCCACUU